AUCUUUAUAAGAAAGUGCAAGAACCUUUUGCUCACCAUUCAUCCCAAAUCCCUUUUGCCCCAUCAUUGAAUAUGGAUUCCACUAUUUCAUUUUUCUACUUCAUUGUAAUAUCUACAUUCAUAUGCUCAUCAACAGCAACAAGAGACCUAGCCAAAAAAUCAGAAAUCGAUACAUCUGAGUUCAUUAAGACAUCUUGUGGGACAACAUUGUACCCCAAAUUGUGCAUUGAAACACUCUCACCUUACUCAAAUUCCAUCCAAACAAGCCCUAUGGAAUUGGCCAAUUCAGCACUUACAGUGAGCUUAAAAGGGGCUAAGUCAACCACAAACAAAAUCUCAAAAAUGUCCAAAGAACAAAACUUAGGUCCAGCAGAAGCACAUGCCUUAACGGACUGUGUGGAGAACAUGGAAGACUCCGUGGAUGAGCUACAGAAAUCUUUGUUGGAGAUGAAGAAUUUAAAUGGACCUGAUUUUGAAGAGAAAAUGGGAAAUGUAAUGACAUGGGUAAGUGCCGCUUUGACAGAUGAAGAUACUUGUAUGGAUGGUUUUGAAGGCAAUAAUGGGAAAGUUAAGGCCACUAUUAGGAAUUGCAUUGUUAAUGUGGCUCAGUUAACUAGCAAUGCUUUAGCUCUUACCAAAAAUCUUUCCUCCUCUUAGCAGAUUAAUUAAUUCACCUGUGUAAUUCAUUCUUCUCACUUAUUGAAAAACAAAA